AUGUCGUUAAUAUUUCUGUACAUGAGAAAUAUUUUUUAUUUGCAAGAUGAAUAUAGUAAAGAGAAUAUCGAAAAUGAGGAGGCUUACUUUUUACUGAACAAUGACCGCGAGUCGUUUCUUCGGAAGGUUAACGAGUGUGUGCAUACAUCGAAUGAGAAGCUGCAUCACCAGGUAGACAAUUACAUGUUCAAUUUUGAUGCUGAGGUGGCUAGCCGGGAAAUCUCCGAUAUGAUGGAGCAGGUGAAGGACGACCCCCUGUGCAGCAGGAAAGCAGAGGCGUUCAUACACUGGCUCAUCAACGACUACGCGGGGGGGCCCAGUGGGGAAAAGCCCAGUGGGGAGAAGCCCAGUGAGGAGAAGCCUAGUGAAGAGAUACCCAGUGAGGACCCGGCCAGUGACGAGAUACUUAGUGAGGACCCGCCCAGUGAGGAGAUACUCAGUGAGGACCCGGCCAGUGACGAGAUACCCAGUGAGGACCCCCCCAGUGACGAGAUACCCAGUGAGGACUCGCCCCGCGACGGCGCGGCAGAGGAGGGGGCCCCCCCGAAUGAAGUGACCCCCACGAAUGAAGUGGCCCCCCCGAAUGAAGUGACCCCCCCGAAUGAAGUAUCCCCCCACCAUGACAACGACAAGCGCGAAAACGAACAUGACGACACAACAUCCGUGGAUGCUACCGCCGUUUAG